AAACCAACUUCAGUGAAUAAGAAACUGGCAGAAUAAGAAACCAACCGAAGUCUUGGUUCUGGAUGAAUGAACCUCCAAGCCUUGUCCGGAGUCUUCAGGGAACGGUUUUCUUCAGUACACCGCCACUCAUCAUCCUGAGAAAACAGCACAUGACGUCAGAUUAUUUUAUCACUGACUGCAGUCAUCGCUUCAUCCCUAGAGAGCCAUCUAGUGGUAAUCCCGAGAACUGCCAGGCUGCAGUGAAGGGAUCUGCUUAGUCUGCAGUCAAUGAAUCCAGGCUGCGGGCAUGCGCACUGCGAUUCCCCCUGCCACAGUCAUUCAGCAGCGGCUUGUGGUGUCCUGGAAGUGAUGGGAUCCCAUGUCCUGCAGAUAUUUAGGCAGGGGGUCUGGGCAGCACUGACAGGAGGCUGGUACCAUGACCCCCACGACAGCCAGUUUAAUAACAUCUGCCACUUGUAUCUGUGGAUCUUCCUGCUGCUGUUACCGCUCGCAAUGCACUUGGGUUUGCCUCCAACAAACUUCACACUAUGCCUUUACUGUGUAUCCACGACCAUCCUAUUUGCAGUUAUUAAGCUUGUAAGUUUUCGACUGCAUCUUAUGUUCGAUAAAGGGAUUCGGAAUCAGCUCAAUAAAAGUAAAGAACAACCAAAACAAGAUGGUAAUGUCACAAAUGGCCACUCUGUUCCCGGCAUGAAAGAGGAUACUCUUAAAGACCUAAAAACCCAGGAUAUCCAGCAAAGCCAUCAAGAUCUCCGUAGAAAUGUUUCUUCAGAUUCAGUGGUAAUACAGACACCGGAUAACCAUACAGAGGUCAAAGAGGCUGGUGCAGCAGAAGAUGUGAAAGAAAAUAUGUGUUGUGAGCGUCUAUCAGAAAAAACUAACUGCUGUCUGGAAAAGGAUCAGUUAAACACUUUUGACCAAAACAUUUGGACAUCUCCUGAUCAGUUUCCAAAUUGCCAGAUCACCAGAAAAAAGAUCAUCUAUGAAGUGACUUGCAGUCAUCCACCACAGCAAGAAAGUACUGUUUUACAAGUCCUUUGUGGAACAACUGCCUCAAUGCAACAUGACACACAGACAAGUAAAGAAAAUAGCAGACCGAUUUUCUUGAUGGACGUAAAUCAGAGUGCAGAAUAUUGUGAGACAAUGAAGCCGAAAUGUGCCUCUAUAUCUGAUGAUACCGAUUUAAACUCAGAAGAAGAAACAUCAGGAAAUCAUGGACUAUUUUCUCAUGAUCCUGAAGAAGAAUCACAAGCCUCAGUAGUCACUGCGAAACCAAGCAGGUGUGGAACACCAUAUCCUAUAAGUCAAAAAUCUGAAAAUUCAUUCCAUGUCAUAUCAGAGACUAGUUUUCCAAAAAAACAGUUUUAUAAGUUUCGUAUUUUUCCUGGUAAAUGGAUCAAAGUUUGGUGUGACAGGAUGACAUUAUUGGCACUGCUGGAUAAAACAGAAAAUGUUGGUGAGAACAUCUUAGCCAUAUUACUAGCCAUCGUUGUGUCACUUUUCGGAUUUUUAGUUUUGCAAAUAGAUGUUUUUAGAGAUAUUUGGAUAUUCCAGUUUUGUUUUGUUAUUGCUAGCUGCCAGUUUUGCCUUCUCAAGAGUGUGCAGCCAGAUCCAGCUUCACCAGUUCAUGGCUACAAUCAAAUAAUAACAUACAGCCGACCAGUUUAUUUUUGUAUUUUCUGUGGCCUUAUUCUUCUACUGGAUUCUGGAGCCAAACUGACAGCAAUUCAACCUACUACAGUUUAUGGAUUUCACUUAUUUACUCCAGAUUUUUUUCAAACAAUAAGAGAUCAUAUUAUUGUAUUCGUGAGUUGUUUUCCUAUCAUAUCACUUUUCGGUCUUUUUCCUCAAGUGAAUACAUUUUGUGUGUAUUUCUUGGAGCAGAUUGAUAUACUCAUAUUUGGUGGUACUGCAACUACUGGAUUUGGGUCAUCAAUUUACAGCUUACUUCGAAGCACUCUUGCUGUUGUUAUGUUAUAUGGCAUCUGCAGUUAUUCCAUAAAGGAGACAUGGGAUAUUAGACACAUACCAUCUAUGUUUUCUGCAUUCUGUGGACUUUUGGUUGCCCUUUCAUAUCACUUGAGUCGCCAAAGUAGUGACCCUACAGUUAUAAUGUCUUAUAUUAAGUGCAGACUGUUACCAGAAAACUUGAUAAGUUCAACCAAACAUGAAGAUCCUUUACCAGAACAGUUAAAAAGUUCAAUGAAAGAAAUCCUCACGUCAGAUCUAAUUGUCUGUACAUUGGCUGGCUUCUUAACUUUUGCGAUUAGUGCUAGCACAGUUUUUCUCUUCUUAAGUCCAAUUCUCAGUACUGUGUUGCUUGUUAUGGCAUUGACUGUGGGUCUUCUGGCACACUAUAUAAUACCACAACUACGAAAACAUCAUCCAUGGCUUUGGAUUGCACAUCCCCUGCUUCAAAAUAAAGAAUACAGACAGAGAGAAAUCAUUGAUGCCGCCCAGUUAAUGUGGUUUGAAAAGAUAUAUGUUUGCCUUGUCUGUUUUGAGAAGUAUUUCUUGUAUCCAUCGAUCAUUCUAAAUGCAGUUACUACAGAAGCCUUUUCAGUCAGUGGUUUCCAAAGGUUUGGAAAACAAUUGGAUGCAUUUAUCAUAGCAGUGUCUGGAAUGAAGCUGAUGCGCUCCUGUUUUUGCAAUCCCUCACAGCAAUAUAUCACAUUAGGAUUCACUGUUAUACUUUUUCAGUUUGAUUACAGUUCUAUUUCAGAAAGUUUUUUACUGGAUUUCUAUGUUAUUUCUAUAAUGUUUUAUAAGAUAUGGGAUCUUCUCCAAAAGCUGCAAUAUGUGUUUGCAUAUAUCGCACCAUGGCAAAUCGCUUGGGGUUCAUCAUUUCAUGUAUUUGCCCAGUUUUUUGCUGUGCCCCAUUCGGGAAUGCUUUUAUUCCAGACAUUUGCAACAUCAAUAUUUUCCAGCUCUCUGAGUCCAUUUCUUGGAAGUGUAAUUUUUAUUGCAUCGUAUCCAAGACCAAUAAAGUAUUGGGAGGGAAUUAACAGCACCAAAAGGCUUGACAUUAUGAAUACAAGACUUCAGCAUCAAAUUGAAAAAGAUCCAGGAAAUGAUAAUGAUAAUUUGAAUUCAAUAUUCUAUGAACAUCUUGCAAGAUCACUACAGCAUUCUUUGUGCGGAGAUUUAACAUUGGGAAGAUGGGGCAACUAUGCUUCUGGCGACUGUUUUAUUCUAGUUUCAGACUAUUUAAAUGCAUUUGUCCACUUGAUUGAAACUGGAAAUGGAUUUAUUACAUUUCAGCUUAGAGGACUUGAAUUUAAAGGUACAUACUGCCACCAACGAGAGGUGGAAGCAAUAACUGAAGGUGAUGAGGAUAACACGGGAUGCUGCUGUUUCCAAAUUGGUCAUUUGCCACAUGUUCUCUCAUGUAAUGCUGCGUUCAACCUUAGGUGGCUGACAUGGGAAAUAGCAAGAAGCCAAUAUAUUCUGGAAGGAUAUAGUGUGAUUUAUACUAAUGCAGCAAGUCUUUUCCAAGUGUUUGACUUACGGAAAAUCCUCAUCAAAUAUUUUGUAAAGAGCAUAAUAUAUUUUACUGUAAAAUCACCUAAACUAUUGUACUGGCUGAAAGAUGAAUCGAUGCAGAAAGCUUUACAGCCAUUCACAAGGUGGAAUCAUGUUGUAUAUGAUAUGACCAUUUUCAACAUCAAUGUGGAUGAAGACUACAUUCCAUGCCUGCAGGGUAUUACAAGAGCCAGCUUCUGUGGUGUUUAUCUGGACUGGAUUCAGUACUGUGCUAAAAGGGAAACUAAGAAAGUUGGCACUGGUGAAGACUCCUUUUUGGUAACUCUCUGCUUUGGACUGUGCAUUUUGGGCAGAAGACUUCUUGCAGCGGCAGCACAUCACAUGCCAUUCAGUUUGGACGCAUUUCUUCAUGGACUACAUACCCUAUUUAAGGGGCAUUAUCAAAUUUCCAAAGAAGAAGAAUGGGUGUUUGCAGACAUGGACUUAUUACAUACAGUUAUUUCUCCAGCCAUCCGGAUGGCCUUGAAACUCCAUCAGAGUCAGUUCGCCUGUCCAGAAGAAUACGAGGAUCCUCUUGCACUUCAUGAAGCAAUAAAGACGUUUGGAGAAAAGAUUGUAAUUUGUGAUGAAGAAGAUCCUGCAUGGAGGUCUGCUAUACUGUCUAACAAGAAAGAAUUACUAACAUUAAGACACGUUGUUGAAGAUGGAACAGAUGAAUACAGUGUCAUCAUGCUUCACAAAAGCUAUCUCAAUUUCAAACUUAUUAAGGUUAAUAAGGAAUGUGUAAGAGGACUUUGGGCUGGACAACAACAGGAGCUGAUCUUUCUCCGGAACCGUGAUCAUGAAAGAGGCAGCAUUCAAAACAACCAACAUGUUUUAAGAAAUUUAAUCAACUCUUCCUGUGAUCAACCUUUGGGUUAUCCCAUUUAUGUAUCGCCACUCACUACAUCUUAUCUAGGGACACACAGUCAACUCAAAAAAUUAUUGGGUGGACCAAUUAAUUUUGACAUUUUUACCUCGUGGUUUCAAACAAAAUGGCUUUUGAUGAAGAAGGAUUAUGACAGAAGCCAUAAUGAUGGAAGCAUUAAUGAAGAUGCUAACUGUGAGGGUGGUUUGUCAUCAGUAACCAUCAACUCAGAAAGCAAUAACAGUGAAAGUUGUCGAAACUCAUUGAACGCUUCUCAUGCAGGCUCAGGGACUAAAUCAUUGGAGAAAAAAAAACACCAAACUAAAGGAAAAAGAAAAUAUAGGAGUCAGUCAGCCUAUACACAUUCCUCCUUAAACCAAAUACAUGUCCUUUCAAGCCUUUCUGGACCAAAUGUGGAAAAAUGUAAUUCUUCCUGUACAGAUAAUUAUAAAGAUGUCAAACGAUUAUCUUCAAGCCAUCACUGCUUAACAAAUUCCUCAAGAUCCCAGUAUGCUCCCACUGUUGUUUCCCCUGCUUCAGCAGUCAGGAAUAUUAAUGAACAAGCAAGAGAGCUUCAUCAGUCUGGCCAGACAUCAUCUACCAAUUCUACAUUGAGCCUUCUGUUUGGAAAGAAAGGAUUUUCAAGUGCAUUAGUUCUGUCUGGCCUUUCAGCUGCUGAUGGAGAUAAUACAGCAGACACCCUGUCCUCGAGUAGUGUUAAUAUAGUUGUGUGUUCACAUUCUAGAGCGGCAGAUCAAUCUACAGAGAAUAUCUACAGGACUGUGGACAUUGAUGGGCCUACAGAUGCAGGAAGAGACAGCAUGAAUACAGUAUUAUUUAAAUGUAUUAUGCAAGAAUUACUGUAGCCCCCUUAAACAAAGAUCUGCCCAAUCAGGACUUCAUUGGGCUGAAUGAGAAGUUCCUGCAUGAAAUGUCACAGGGGCCAAGAAGAAGCAGAGAGCAACUUAUACAGAGCAGCGUAAAAGUGGCAGCGACUGUCCAACCUAUUACAGUUUAUCUGCUUCAUGGAGAUUGUCCAUCAUUUAUACCUAAGGGUCCUUUACAGCACCUCAUUGUAUCCAGAAGAAAAUAUAUUCUUGAACCAUAGAGCAUGUAUAUAAACCUAUAGAGCAUGUAUAUAUACCUAAUAUUAAUAUUCAAUGGAUAGAAAUCAUGAGGUUUUUGUUAUUUGCUACCUUUCUCCCAGAUCUCUGCACCAUUACUGUAUUUUUUUUAUACAAGUUGUGCCUGCCAGGCUGAACACUUUCUACCCCCUUCUUUCUGCUUCCUGCUUUCAGGCUUGCAUGCUUAACCUGUCAGACCUGUUGUAUUUUUUGUGUUGACCGAACAUAAUUGUUUUGAAUAUUAGCUGUGUGACUCAAUUAUUGCAUAUUUUUAUCACACAUUGAUUUGUUUGAACUUAAAGAUACAAGCCAAGAAAAUUG